AGAUUACUCCAAAAUUUGACACCAGAAAAAAAAACAAAAAUAAAGAAAUUUUUUUAUUUGUUUAUUUGUAAUAAUUAUUAUCAUUAUAAUUUUAUAUAAUUAUUUUCAAUUAUUAUAUUUUACAUUGUUGAAAAUUACCACAAUAGUAAAUGAUAUUUAUUUAAAUUUCAUAAGAAAAAAAAAUAUAAACCUUUGUUAAUUAAUUCUAAUAAACUUGUUGAUAUUAUUCAUUAUUUUUUUAUUAAAAAAUUUUCUCAAUACAUAUAUAUUCUCCAUCACACGUAACAUAUAAUUCUCCCACUCUAAUAAUUUGUGUAAUCGUACAAGUUGGACUUUAGAUCUUAAAUUGCAUCUAGAUCGAGAAGUAAAAUAAAUCAAUUGUUCAAUCUAAGACCCAAGUGUUAUUGUGUUGAUCUUUAUUAUAAUAAUUAAAAUUAGCAAAAAUGGCAAGAGUACUUGUUGGAGUAAAAAGAGUAAUUGAUUAUGCUGUCAAGAUUCGUGUUAAGCCAGAUAAAUCUGGUGUUGUAACAGAUGGUAUAAAACAUUCAAUGAAUCCAUUUGAUGAAAUAGCCAUUGAAGAAGCUGUACGUAUGAAAGAAAAAAAAUUAGCAUCUGAAAUAAUAGCUGUUACAUGUGGUCCAACACAAGCUCAAGAAACUUUGAGAACAGCAUUGGCAAUGGGUGCUGAUCGUGGUAUUCAUGUUGAAAUAUCUGGUCCAGAAUAUGAUACAUUACAACCAAUUCAUGUAUCAAAAAUACUUGCUAAACUUGCACAAAAUGAAAAAGCUGAUAUUGUUAUUGUUGGUAAACAGGCUAUUGAUGAUGAUUGUAAUCAAACAGCACAAAUGACUGCUGGUAUACUUGAUUGGCCUGCUGGUACAUUUUGCAGCAAGAUUGAACAUGGUCAAGGUGAACUUACUGUUACCAGAGAAGUUGAUGGUGGAUUAGAAGUUGUUAAAAUAAAAACACCAGCUGUAUUGAGUGCUGAUUUACGUUUAAAUGAACCAAGAUAUGCAACACUACCAAAUAUCAUGAAAGCUAAAAAAAAACCAGUUCAAAAAAUAACAACAAAAGAACUUGAUAUUGAUACAACAUCAAGAAUUGAAGUUAUUUCUGUUGAAGAUCCACCUGUUAGACAAGCUGGAUCAAUUUUACCUGAUGUUGAUAGUCUUGUUGUUAAACUAAAAGAAGGAGGACAUAUUUAAUUGAAAAUUUAAAAAAAAAAAUAAUACAUGAUUUAUAAUUAUUACGUAAAUAUUCAUCGUUAAUUUUGAAUUAUAAAUUUUUUUUUCGUUUUUAUAUCAACAAUGAUAGUGAUGAUGAAAAAUUAUUUUUGUAACACUAUUGUAAAGAUAAUAAAAUUUUUACGUAUAUUCUAUUAUUCAAUAUAAAUUCAGCAAGUGUUUAUUGAUUUUUUAUUUGAUUGUCAUGUAAAUAAAAAAUAUAACCUCAGUGUAAAAAUAAAAACAAAAACAGAGGCAAGUAAAGACAACAAGAGACACUGUCAUUGGGUGAGUUGAAAUUGUCAUGAGCUGUCAUUAAUCUUGUAAAUUUAAGAUGUUUUUGAACCAGUUUAAGUUAGACAAUAAACAUUAGAUUAUCAAGAUGAUAAUUAAUUAUUAUUUUAUAUUAUUAUUAUUAUAAAAGUCA